CUCGGCCCGCAGCGCCCCGCCCGGCGGCUUAGCCCCACCCCGCCCAGCCCUGCGACCGCGCGCGGGCCGCUGGGAACGGCGCCGACUCUGGGUGUACGUCGGUUGCCGUAACGACAGGCCGCGGAGCCGGGCCGCCAUGGCCUCUAACUUUAAGAAGGCAAACAUGGCAUCAACUGCCCAGCGAAAGAGGAUGAGUCCUAAGCCAGAGCUUACUGAAGAGCAGAAGCAGGAAAUCCGGGAAGCUUUCGAUCUCUUCGAUGCUGAUGGGACGGGGACCAUAGAUGUUAAGGAACUGAAGGUGGCCAUGAGGGCACUGGGCUUUGAACCCAAGAAAGAAGAGAUCAAGAAAAUAAUAACUGAAAUCGAUAAGGAGGGGACAGGAAAAAUGAACUUUAGUGACUUUUUGACUGUGAUGACUCAAAAAAUGUCUGAGAAAGACACCAAGGAAGAAAUCCUGAAAGCUUUCAAGCUCUUCGAUGAUGAUGAAACUGGGAAGAUAUCAUUCAAAAACCUAAAGCGUGUAGCCAAGGAGUUGGGUGAGAAUCUCACUGAUGAGGAGCUGCAGGAAAUGAUUGAUGAAGCUGAUCGAGAUGGAGAUGGAGAAGUCAAUGAGCAAGAGUUCCUGCGCAUCAUGAAAAAGACAAGCCUUUACUAAGAUCAGUCUCUUUCUUUCUACUGCAAGCACACGUACCUAGAUUUAGUGGCUGCUGCUCUGUGAAAGCUAGUUUUUGAGAAAACAAAUCAUUUUCCCCCACUGACCUCCCUGUAUAACUUUAGUAACAAACUCGAAUCUAUUUUAGACUUUCGAAAGUGUUCUUUGACAUUAAAGUUGUUUGUAUGGUGACCUGGGGACUACUUAAAUUCCCCACAACAGAGGGAGAGCAUGUUGGAGUGGAGAAAAGGUUCUUCCAGCUUUUGCCCCCUUACCACUCUGCCGUGUAGCACUUCAGUCCUGUCAUGCACCCUCACAUUCAUGUCCCCCCAGAGCAACUUAUUAGAGGAGCACAGGUUGUGUUGGUGCUGCCACGAGUGGGGUGGGGAGGAUGUCUUCAAUGGCUCUGGUUUUAAUUGACACCUGAGUGCAGCUUUCUCUUUUAUAAAACCCAGAGACCUCUCUCACUUGGAUUUGGGUGUGUAUUUGUGCUAUUUGUUUUGACUUAAAAAUAAAGCCUUUCUUAUUUUGAA